UUUCUAUCGACAGCUUGUGGAGAAUUGUACACGAGGUCUAAUAGAAUCGUAGGAGGUCAUUCAACAGGAUUCGGGUCUCAUCCUUGGCAGGCGGCUUUGAUCAAAUCAGGAUUUUUGAGUAAAAAAUUAUCUUGCGGUGGUGCCUUAGUUAGCGAUCGAUGGGUUAUAACUGCUGCACAUUGCGUUGCCACGACACCAAAUUCGAACCUGAAGGUGCGUUUGGGCGAAUGGGACGUUCGCGACCACGAUGAGCGACUGAACCACGAGGAAUACGCAAUCGAACGCAAAGAAGUUCAUCCUUCAUAUUCACCAACCGAUUUCCGGAAUGAUGUAGCCUUAGUGAAACUCGAUAGAACUGUUAUUUUCAAACAACAUAUUUUACCUGUCUGCUUACCUCAUAAGCAAAUGAAACUGGCUGGAAAAAUGGCAACAGUCGCCGGAUGGGGACGGACGAGGCACGGGCAGAGCACUGUGCCGGCUGUCUUACAAGAAGUCGAUGUCGAGGUGAUUCCGAAUGAAAGAUGCCAGAGGUGGUUCCGUGCUGCGGGUCGACGAGAAACCAUUCACGAUGUCUUUCUCUGCGCCGGAUAUAAAGAGGGUGGUCGUGAUUCAUGCCAAGGUGAUUCUGGAGGUCCUCUAACAAUGCAGAUUGAGGGUAGAAGGACCCUUGUGGGUCUAGUUUCUUGGGGCAUCGGAUGUGGUCGUGAGCAUUUACCAGGCGUAUAUACCAAUAUACAAAAAUUCAUACCGUGGAUUGACAAAGUAAUGGGAUAAUUUUUAUUCCAUCGAGCUUACCCAAAGUAUUUAUUAAGUGUUAAUCGAAAGUUCCAAUAAUAAAUUAAUUUAAAA